UUCUGGUUGUCGUGACGUGCUGUAUCACCCUCUCAACUCUCUACAUUCUCAUUUCUCAUUGGCUUAGCGGCACGGAGACACGCGGUAAGGAAGCUGGGAGAAACAAUGAGUGUUGGUUUGGAUGGUAAAACACAGAGAAAUACACUUUCACGUGAUAUUGUCUUACAACAACGAUCGUCAACAAGUUGUGAGAAAGACGAGAGUUCGGUGGUAUCAAAUACAAGUCAAGACACGAAUGUCAGCAGUGACGAUAGUAGUACUAGGAACGUAAACAACAACAAUCAUCAACCAAACAACGCGAGAGGACGAUAUGAUGCCAAAAGAAUCUCGGCUGUACCAGGCGUAUCUGCUUUUGAGCGGGUAACCAAUGUUACUACGCAGGAGGCCGACGAUAUAAAACAAGAUAGCCAACUUCAUGUGCAUACAAUUCAGACAACCGAUUACCCGAGAUUGAACUCAAACGCCAGCAAGAAAUCAAGGAGGAAAAUCUCCACAACCUCCCUUGCACCAAUACUUCCUACAGCCAGCACCAAGGGAAGAAACUCUAACUGUUUAUUGAUGGGAAAAACGACCCGCAUGCUAUUGGCUACCAGCGUCACCUACAUCGUGAGCUACAUGACAACCAUCACCAUCCUGCUGCUCACAGCGGUCACUACACUCCUCGACCACCCAACAGCACAGGAAGAUUCGAUCAUCAAUUUCUUUAUCGUGUUCUAUCUUAUCAACAGUGCAGCUAAUCCGAUCAUUUACAGUAUUUGUAACCCAAACUUUAGACGUGAUUGUGUCUUGAUCUGCACACAAUGUUCUAUUAAAAGUUGCAAGACAUAA